UUAACAUACGCUGCUAGCUACUGUAAUUUGCAACUAGCAGAAGUAGCUAGCUAGCUAGCUAAACAGUGAAGAAGAUGGCGACGCUAAACGGUAUUAAGAAAAUGUAUGGGAUCUGUUCUCAUGUAAUCCGCCAAACGACUGGAUUGAGAGCAGCAAAACUCAUUCAGCAGAGGGCGUUCAGAGUCAAUGGAGCCCUCAGGCAGCAGUCGUUUGACUCCUCAGAAGAGAAGCCCCAGUUCCCGGGAGCAUCAGCAGAGUUUAUUGAUCACCUGGAGUUCAUCCAACCUAACGUGAUCUCUGGGAUCCCCGUUUACAGGGUCAUGGACCGGGCCGGGAAGAUCAUUAACCCCUCAGAGGACCCACAGCUCUCCAAGGAACAAGUGUUGAACUUCUACCAGAAGAUGACCCUGCUGAAUACCAUGGACCGCAUCCUGUAUGAGUCUCAGAGACAGGGCCGUAUAUCCUUCUACAUGACUAACUACGGAGAGGAGGGAACACACAUCGGCAGCGCUGCAGCUCUCGACCCAAGGGACCUGGUCUUCGGCCAGUACAGGGAAGCAGGUGUGCUGA